GUCGUUGUUGAAGGAAAAUGACUACUGAAGGACCACCAGAAAAUGUAGUUCAAGACCAAGUUAGGUCACUUUUGGCAGAUGGAAAUGUUAAACUGUGGGAGCCUCCGUACACAACCAACAAUCAAGCCGGAGCAGACCUGAAAGAUUUGGCAGUGGUGUAUUCUUCCCAACUGGGUGUUGGUAGAGAGAUGGUGGAACGUGUCUUGGAGAGCUUGAGGUGUAAUUCACUGCAAGGUCUCAUUGCAAAGAAAGCCUUUGAGGACACUGGACUGGCGACAAUACGAAUCCAUUAUACAACUUGUGAUAAGAGAAAAGAAAAAAUAAAGCUGUUGAUUACAUUAAAUGCUUCAGCCAGAGAACUGGGGACUGAAAUUGCAAGAUUGACUGGAAUGAGUGAAGGCCACAUGAAACUCAUCAUGAACUCCAAAGUUCUUAAAAUGGAUCAAUCCCUCGCUGAGCAGAACGUGAAAAAUAAUUCAACCGUUAUGGUCAUGCAAACCACAGUCACUCAAGAGGAAGCUAGAGAGCAGGAGACAUUUUUCAAAGAGGAGAUAAGAGAGCGAGAAGAGUCAAAAGCCAAAAUAUCUAGGACGAGGAAGGGAGCUGAGCUCUUAGCUCAACACGGUGAGAAUACGGAUCUCAGUAAUGCUCCAUACUUAGAAGUAGCAGAUCAGAAAGGACGGCCCAUUCCAAUCCCCGCUGUGGAGAAAAAGGCACUGGUGCUAGCCAUGACAUUGCAUGAAAAGGGCAGAGCAUUUAUGAAGAAGAAAGAUUAUGUUUCAGCACUGCUGUAUCUAUUGGAUGCUGAUGCAGAAUUUGGAAAAUGUGGCUCUGAGAUUCUGACCAUUGUGGAUAACUAUGCGGUCCUGCAGCUGGAAGUGGUGUGGUGUUACGUUCAUUUGGAGCAACUUGACUGUCUCCGUGAUGCAGAGGAUCGACUGAGGCGAGCUCAGACGCGGCUAAACAGCUGCUAUGGAGAGAAUCUGGAGCGACUCUACAAUCUGAAAGGUAACACUGCGAAAGAGCAAGUCCUAUUCCUGCGUCUGAAGCUUCUUCAGGGAGUGGUGUUGUACCACAAGGGAAAACUGGAUGAGACUAACAAGCACCUGAAUGAGGCGGAAAUGUUAUUGAGGAAGCUUUCUGUGGACGACACAAAGGUGACUAAGCUUAUGACCUUUGGGUUCACAGCCCAGGAGGCACGCCUAGGUUUGCGAGCAUGUGAGGAUGAUAUAGAAUCAGCUGCAUCCCACAUCUAUCAGCGGAGAGAGGAUAAAGCUGAAAUCAGGAAGAAGGAGAGGAUGGAGAGGAAAAGGAAAAAGCAGGAAGCGAUAAACUCUCUGAUGGCCAGGGGAUUUUCAGAAAACGCUGCCACUAAGGCAUUUAGAUCAGCAAAUAAUAACUUCAAGCGAGCCCUGGAUAUACUUGAAAACAGUCCUGAACUGUCUCAUCCAGAGGAUGAUCUGCCCGGGCCAAGUCACCAAGUCCAAAUUACUGAGGAAACUAUUAACCAGGUGGCAUUUCUGGGUUUUGAUCACUCUGCUGCCGAGAUUGCCCUCAGGAGGUUUCACGGGGACGUGGAGCGGUCGGUUCAGGCCCUAAUAGCUCACGACGGAUUUCUUCCUUCAAGUCUCCUGAAUUCACCGUCGUCAUCGUCACCAGAGGACAUGGAGGUGGAUGAGGGUGAGUCUGCGGAGGAAAGGCGAAAGGAACGCGAAAUCGUGGAAGAGGUGUUAGCAGACAUUCCCGAGCACGAGGAGGACUACUUGGAUAUGACUCUGGAGGAGGAGAAGGAAGUGAUUUACAAGUACAAAAGCUGGCUACAGGGUUCACAGCAAUCCACGUCCUAAGCAUCUGCAAGAGGAGCCGAGUUCCACCUGCCUUCAUUUGAUCACUCGUCGACUUUAGCUUUAAUUUUUAGCAGUGAUUUUGAACACACCGGACUAGUGUUUUGGCAUGUUGAGAUUCUGUAUUUGUUCUUUAUUUUAAAUCAACUGUGCUUUUCGUGCAGUGAUUUGCACCUCAGUAACACUCCGCUCGUCUUAAGUAAGACUGGACUCACUUUACCAGCAAAGGUUUUCUAGUUUCCGAUGUGGGAGGGGGAUUUGGGUGUGGGAGGAGAAAUACUACUUGGUACAGUAAGCGCCAGGGCUCGUUAUAAUGGCUUGUGGAUCUGAAGGAUGAUUUUGAUGGCUGUUGGAGCCCAUGUUAAAUGGCACUGCUAUAGGGGACUUUCCUUAAUUUUCUCUUUUUAUCCUCUUAAUUAAUUAAUUAAUUAAUUGGGGUUCCC